GUCGAAAUGCGCCCGCUUCUGCUCGUCCUGCUCUUGUCCGACAGUGUUAUGGGCUUCUUUGUGUGCCCUCUCUACGUUGGAAACUUCUCCGUGGCGCACCAGCCCUUUGCCGCCCUCACCGUGCCGGGCGUGUACGACAGCCCGUCGUGCCUCGUGCCGGCCGCGUGGGUCGGCUGCGAGGCGUGCCCAAAGGCAUACAGCAAGGGCGUGUGCGGCGCAUGCACGCACCUGACAAUGCAGUCGCGGAUGGAGUUCAAGGAGGCGACCUUCUACAAGGCCUCCUCCUCCUUCCACUACAAGGGGAAGGGCUCCAUCCUCAAGCCGCACACGUGCUGCGAGUACCCUGACUCUCUGCUCGAGGACGGCACACUCUCGGCACAGGUUGACAUCUACGAUCAGAACACUCACCUCGCGAACCACUACCUGGGCGGCGCGGCGGUGCCGCUGACGCUCGGCGACGACUCGCACCUCUUUGGCAGCGAGACGAGCGAGGAGUACGACUUCUCGAUCGAGGAGGUGAAGCCGACCACCAAGAGCCUCUGGUCCUCGCUCCACACCUCGCUCUUCGCCAAGAAGAAGCUCGUCGACGGCGAGCUGGUGCUGGACGAGGAGGACGAGGCCGGGCCGCACACCUUCCAGCUCAAGGCGCCCCCAGUGGCCGUGCUCGCCUCCCUGCCCGCUGAGUACGCGGACUCGCCCUUCUGGGCGGGCGUGCAGGAGACGACGGCCAGCUUCAACCCGUGGGCAAAGUCGCUGCUCAACGAGCCUCCGUGGCUGCUCGACCAGGACUUCAUCACCGAGGGCGAGGCUGCCGCAUCCCGCCUCGCGGCCGAGCCCCGCGCGGCGACAACGCCGGCCGCCAAGCCGGACGGCGCACCCCUGCACCUCCUUGGCCUCGCCGCCCUCGUCGUCGCCGGCUUCCUCGCCGGCGCGGCGCGCAAGGGUAAGCCCUCCUCCUCCGGUAAGGCCAAGGCGCUGGCGGAGCGGGCCAGCCACGGGGCGCUCGUCUGAAGACUUCUGAGGGGACGGAGCCGGCGCCCUCGACCGAGUCUCGCGAGAGCGGCAGGAGGGAAGAGAAGCAAGCAUGUGAAGCCACGUUAUGUUGAGUGUGUUGAGCUGCACGCAACGGGAGGGGAGAAGCCAAGAAGGCGGGGCUCCCGCGCAAGAGCAGCACACCCAAGCACGGCACGUGCGCGCACACGCGUGCGUGUGGUGUCCCCAGUGGCCACAGUGUCGGUCGGGACACGCUCACGACACACCACACACCACGUCGGUUCUUUUUUUUCGCGUCGGAUCGCGCGGAGACAC